AUGCCACUUUCAUUUCCCGUAUUCAACGACUCUCCACAAGUCCUCCAAAAGCAUCUCGAAGAAGCCAGCAAACCACAAUAUGUGAUUUUUUUCGCCUCGCUCAAACCUGAGACCAAUGAAUCUUGGUGCGGGGAUUGUAGAAAUGCUGAGGGUCCUUUGAGUCGAUUUCUUGAUAAGGCUGCUGUGGAAGAGAGGGUUAGGCUUGUUUAUGCGGGGUUGCAGGUCGGAUGGAGGGAUAUGUCACCUGGAAAGAAAAGUCCUUGGAGGGAGGAACCCUGGGGGAUUAAUAGAUUGCCUACUGUGGUGAAGGUUACUGGCGAGAAAUGGGAGAAAUUGAUUGAGGAAGAUUGUUAUGACGAGAAGAAGUUGAGUGCUUUUGUUGCGGAAUAG